GUUUUGAAAGCAUACCGCAGUAGUCCUAUAUAUAAGUGCAAAAGCUAGAUGGCAAAAAAAGUCGCCUAAUCACGAGUAUUUUGUUUGUGGACCUGUGGUGUUGUACCGGAAGCUAACCGGACUAAAACAAAACAAAAUGUCUGCAGCAACGACCAUUCUUUUCAGAAUCAGACCCACCUCCACUAUCACCACCACCGGUAACAGCAGUACUACACACGCAUUCCUCCCCAAAUUAAACUCUCCGAAAACCGUUUCCAGCCUCCAAUUUCCCCCCUCGAAAUCCGGUGAAUUCGUUUCCCAGUACAAAAGAGGCUGGAGUCCGAACACCAUGAGCGGGUCCACUCCAACUUGUGCUCUCGGGGACAACAGUAUUGGCGAUGAAGGUGCUGCUGCUGCUUUCGAACACGAAUCGUUCAUAAAUGAGUUUCGCCCCAAUUCAACAGCGGAAGGACUCGAGGCCACUCUCAAUCGCUUGAGCAAGUGGAUUGUGGCUGGUCUUUUUGGCGCUGUGCUUAUUUGUAGGCACGAUGCUGAAGCAUUAUGGGCUGCCAUAGGUUCGGUUCUCAAUACGGGACUCUCAACCAUGCUGAAGCGGGUUCUAAACCAAGAGCGACCUGUUUCUAACUUGAGAUCCGAUCCUGGAAUGCCAUCUUCGCAUGCACAAUCCAUCUUCUUUACCGUCAUAUUUGUUGUUGUGUCAAUGUUACAGUGGCUAGGGGCGAAUGGACUUGCAAUAACUCUUAGUGGCCUUGCUUUGGCAUUUGGUUCAUAUCUUUCAUGGUUACGAGUUUCGCAACAGCUUCAUACGAUCAGCCAGGUGGUGGUGGGUGCUGUGCUAGGAUCAGCUUUCUCCAUUUUGUGGUUUUGGUCAUGGGAUGCGAUUGUGCUCAAGGCGUUUAUCUCCUAUUUGUGGGUUCGAAUCGUCGUCGUACUGGGAGCCACCAUAUUUUGUGUGGGAUUUCUCAUACACGUUGUUCAGCACUGGUUUAAGGAUCGGUGAAAAAGUGUUGGGUAUGUUGUCAUAAUUUGAAGCUCGUUUACCGUUUUUCUGUUUUAUUGUCCAUUGGACUAUAUUCUUUUGGUGGAUCAAUAAUAUAUGAAUACAAGUUCAGAUGGCAUUUCUUACCA